UGCUGUGACGUUUUAUCGCCCCGCCCUCGCGACAUUUCCGGGUUGUCGUGACUCAGCGUGUUGGCCCCUCCCCCACCGGGCGGUGUCCCCGAGGUGUCCCCAACAUGGAGGGGAGCGAGGAGCAGCGGUUCCGGCGCGACGUGAAGGUGCUGGAGGGUCUGGUGGCUGUGGUGGCCGUCCUGGGCCAGCUGGUGGCCGUGGUGACCACGCCGCCCCCGGCCCCGAGGGAACGCCUCCGGCAGCUCCUCAGCGCCAGUGCCGGCGAUGUCACCUCGCUUUACGAUGUUACCUCCCUCACCUCCCUCUAUGAUGUCCUCUCCCUCCAUGAUGACACCUCUCACCGCGCUGUCACCUCCCUGCGCGGGGCCCUGAGGAGAUUCCUCUGGCAGCUCCGCGCCGCCCUGCGCCACCGCGCCGUCACCUCCUCGGAGAACCGCGGCGAUGUCACCUCCCACUACGAUGUCACCUCCCUGCGCCAGGCCCUGGCCGCCCUCCAGGCCGACCCAGAGGCCCCCUGGACCCGCGCCGGUGUGAGGGACGAGCUCAGGGCCUGGCGGGACGCGGUGACGGCGCUGGAGGCCGCGUGGUCCCGGCUGGCUGGGGAGGCCACCAGGCUCCACGUCACCUUGGGGAGGGCGACUGGGUUGUGGGAGGACACGGCCAUGAAGCUGCUGAGGAAGAUGAUGGCCGCGUGUGGCAGGGCCAGCGCGUUCCCCCGGCAGCUGCAGCGCCAGCUCGGGGACGUCGAGGCCACCCUGAGCAGGAGCAGGGAGGUGACCCCCGCUGUCCUCCAGGACUUGGUGGCUGCGGUGACCAAGGUCGAGAAACUGUGGGAGGCCAGCGCCCGCCUGGCCACGCAGCACCUGCUGGUGGCACUUUGGGACAUCCACGGCCUCUUCUCGAGCGACCGAGACAGCCGCGGCAGCCACGUGGUGGCCGAGCGGUGCCAAAGAGCCACCGAGGACAUCCCGAGGCUGCUGGGGGGACAGCAAGGUCCUGACAGCGAGGCGGCGGCGCCGUCGGGGUCACAGAGCCUCUCUGCCCGCGGGUGGAGUUGGAGACAAAUCUGGAGAAUUUUCUGGGAAUUUUGAUGGAUCCCAGUGGAAAUUUUUGGGCUGGGGACGCUCUGGAGAUGCUUGUGGGGGGCUGAAUGAGCCCCCCUUGGUGUCUUGCAGGAAGGACAGCGGAGCCAAGUGUGAUUUGGGGGGCCAAGGGGGGAUCCCUGUCCCGGGGGGGCGCCAGGACCCCCCAAAAUCCGCACCCUCACCCCCCUCAGUGGAGCUGGGGCCUGGAGAGGCUCCCGGAGCAGAGGCUGGGCAGAGUGAAAUGGACAAAAGAGGGAUUGUUUGAAACGGUUCAGAGGAUUCCUCUGGGGCAGCACAAGAGCCCGGCCAGGGCUACACCCAGGAUGGACCCAAUAUGAACCGAAACAGGACCCAGGAUGGACCAGAAAUGGACUGAAAAUGGACCCAGGAUAGACCAGAAAUAGACCCAAGAUGGAGCCAGGGUGGACCAGAAAUGGACCCAGGAUGGACCCAAAAUAGGCCCACGAUGGACCCAAAAUGAGCCAAAAAUGGACCCAGAAUAGAGCCAAAAUGAAACCAGAAUGCACCCAGAAUGGACCCAAACUUGUCCCAAACUUGUCCCAAAAUGGAGCCUAGAUAUACCCAAAAUGGAUUACAAUGGACCCAAAAUGCACCCAAAAUAGAUCCAGAGAGGAUCCAAAAUGGUCCCAGGAUGGACGCAAAAUGGACCCAGAAUGGACCCAAGAUGGACAGAAGAUGGAUCCAGGAUGGACCCAGGCUGGACCCAGGCUGGACCCCGGCCCCGAGUUCCACCCUUUUGUGAGUUUUGACCCAUUCCCAUCCUGGGUCAGUUCUCCAAUGGCAGCUCCAGGAUGUGAGGCCUCACGGCAGCAGGGUGGGGACACCUGGCCGGUGUCAUGGGUUAACACAGUUUGGAUUUAAUUGAGGUAAAAUAACGAAUAUUGCCCUGUCAGGACCUUGGGUUUAUUUAGACAGGACCUGUCAGGGGCCGGCUCUCGGCUAUUGGCACGGGGUUUGACCGCUGAUUAAAGGAAACGUGACUUUUGGUAAAUGUAUAAAAUACAAAUGUAUUAAAAAAAAAAAAAUCUGAGACUUUGGUGGAGCUGCCUCUCCUUCCUCCAGGCGAGCCACCAGGUAAAUUAUGUAUAUUUUAAAUUCUAUAUAUUUUACAUUAUAUAUGUUUUUAAAUGUAUAUAUUUUAAAUUAUAUAUAUUGUUUAAAUUAUAUAUUUACACUAUUACAAAUUUUACCUCAGCACACAGAGAGAAGGCCAAAGUUAAUGACUGAGACAUUUCUUGCGAGCAUUUCUCAUUUCUCAAUGUUCUUAAAAUUCCCCAAGUUUUUCAUACCAAAAACCAAAUUUUACCCAAUUUCCCACACGCUAUAAUGAUCUUCAGGCUGUGUGUGAGAAAGUGAACCCUCGCUGGGGGGAGUGCUUUGAAAGCUUUCAUUGUAAUUGAUGUAUAAUUUAAAUUUCAUUUAUAUUUCAUUUCAUUUAUGUUUUUUGUUCCCUCUUUAUUUUUAGUGCAUGUAAAUACAGGAUCUUUUUUUAUGUCUAAGCUGGGCCUGCUUUGCCUUUUUCUCCUAAUCCCAUCUCACAGCAAAGAAAUGUUUAGAGUAGAGUAAAUUACCAAGUUGAAUUCGGGGAAGGUGAAACUGCUGCACUUUUAUAACAAACUUUAAUAUUGUAACUCUUAAACUCAUUUUUAUAUUGCAAUUGUUAUAAUUUUUAUAUUCUAACUCUCAUAACUAACUUAUAUUGUAACUCUUAUAAGUCAUUUUUAUAUUGUCAUUGUUAUAAUUUUUAUAUUCUGCCUCUCAUAACUAACUUAUAUUGUAACUCUUAUAACUAACUUUUAUAUUGUAAUUUUUAUAGCUAACUUUUGUAGCUCUUGUAACUAACUUUUAUAAUGUAACUAUUAUAACUUUUAUAUUGUAAUCUUAUAACUUUCAUAUUGCAAUUUUUUAUAACUAACUUUUAUAUUAUAACUAUUAUAACUUAUAUUGUAACGGUUAUAACUUUUAUAUUGUGACUAUAAGAACUAACUUUUAUAUUUAAACUAUUAUAACUUAUAAUUGUUAUAA